GCGGUGGUCGGUCAGGCACGAGAUGUUGCAUGUAUUCUCGGCCCGUUGAGGGACAUUUAUCUGACUGGAAUAGCUAUGCAUCCUAUCGUCCUCCACCCCGCCCCUUUCGAAACGCACAUGAACCGCGCCCACGCCCCACCGACAUACCAACGGCCCUACAACGCGUCUCAGCAACGACGAUUAGACAAGACAGGCUGAUGAAAAAUGUUUCUGGGUGCAGUCUGGUUGUACAAUUCGAGGAACGGGUGCGAUAGUGUAUCCCAGUGUAUAGGGAUUCGCGCCAGGACGAUGCCCAUGGAAUGCGAAUGGGCCAUGAUGCACCCUUGCGUUGGCAGAAGUCUUGACCUCAGUAGCAAUACGAGCCUAGCAUUCUUCAUGGCUCAUCGCGGCACCUAUAGCAAUACCCCUUCGGCUUCCCCCAUUGGUCCGAUUGCUUCGACGCGCACAUGUGUCCGCUCAGCCAGUUCACCUUUGCAACGGCUCAAGGAGGACAGGAGCUGGAUAUGUUGGCAUGAGCGAAGUCGCAUUCAGUCAGCCAGUGGAAGUAAAGGAAACACCGCCGAGCUAGCGAAUACCUGCCGCAGUCGGGCGAAAUUCACGGUGACGGCCUCGUGGACGUUACAUAUUCACGGGCGGAAGGAGUUUGGUGCGAAGGACAUAUUCCAGAGCAGAACUACAUAGGCGUCACAGCGCAAUCAUCGCUCGAAGACCGGGUGGCGAGGCAGACGCUGUAGCAGUUCCAGGCGCACAAGCUUUUGUGAUCGAGUGAGAGUA